GACAACAACGCCAACGUCGGAAUGCUCAUGCCCCAGGUGAAGCCCCUCCUGAAGUUUUCGAAGUGGCCACCCCUCCUGCAGGCUCGGCAAGCCCUCGUACUCGAUCUGGGGUGCCUGGUACGUCGGGACAAGUUCCUGCUGUCGCCAACCUGCUGGACGGCUGGGACGGCAACGCUCAAGAUGUGGCAACGUUCCCAUCUCAAGAACGUCGUGACGAGCUCGCUGCAAGAGUUCAAGGAUCAGGCGCUCAAGGAGUUCGCUGCGAAGGCCAUGGCCGCUCUCAACGAGACCCUCCCGUGUGCUUUGGUCAAAGCUACGGGGCCCCUCCUUAACCAGUAUGAUGAGAAAUUCAAUCCGCAUAUUUGUCUUCUGCGCCAAGACCUUGACAAGCAGACCCAGCGUGUCAACGCGGUCGAGUCAAAGUUCGCAGCCAUGGAGGACAGGCUCGCCCAUCUUGGGCGGGAACUCGACCUGGCAAAAGUCAAACCUCGCAACAUUCCUAUCCCUUCCGCUGACUGGGGCAGGGAAGUUGAUCCGACGAUCAUGCAUGUUCGUGCCCGAGAACCUGUCCCUCGGAAGAACGUCGAAGGGCCGAUCAAGCAGUGGCUUCAACCCGCCAACUUCUCCAUUGGCGAGGAGGUGCAGCUGCAAGGUGAAGGGUUUGCGAAGCAGUUUACUCUUGUACUUCAGGGCCCGCAUCCUGCUACACGUGAGAGUCGGCGCAAGCAGGCUCAGGCGGCGCUACGUCUUCCCUCUGGGCAGUGGAGGUCACUCCACAUUCAAUUGGCCACUACGAACAUCCCGCUGUACAUUUUGGCCGACAAGAGUCGGAAGGAUUUCGCCGCGGAGAAGGCGCGCAAGAAGCUUCGCCGUGCUAUUUCAGGUGAGUUUGGAGUCACAACGUUCAUUGACCGCGAUGGUGGACAGCUCCUCGCCAAGUGGGAACCAUUGGCCAAG